CAUCAUUAUCGCCCAGCAUCCCCUUGUCUCAUAGUAAAUUUCCUCCUUCGUCUCUGCUGUCCGGUCCGGAGUGGUUCACGCGGUGACACACAUUACUGUACAUAUGCUGCGCUUGAUUCCACGACCGACAAAGCCCCGGGUCAUCCACCUCCCCACCACCACCACCACCACCACCACCAUCAAUCACCUCUACAGGAAGGAUGAUCAUCAUACUGUGCUGAGCUACUCCCACUCGUCCAUCAUCAUCAGUCAUCAACCAUCGACCAUCAACCAUCGACCAUCAACCAUCGACCAUCAACCAUCGACCGUCCUACUCCACGAACCAACACCUGGGCAGCACCUACAACCGCAACACCACAACUUGGCCCUCACACACACUCUUUCUCUCCCUCAUCUCCAUCAUCACCGACCGACCACUCACUCCCUUCACCGAUCCACCAUCGCCCUGGAACAGUGACACCCUCUCACUAUCAAUGAUCUGACGACUCUCAUCGGUCCUCCAUCGUCCACGUCCAACUCGUCUCCGUCACUCGCUUCGACUUCCAGCUCCUCGGCCACUCUCGAGCAAUCGCUGCUUCCCGGUUUGACUUGCUUCCGGAGUCGGUGGUCCUUGCGC